UUUCAGCUGCUCAAGUUCCUAUAAAAACAGCUCGGCCUUCCCCAGAAGCAUGUAGGAGCCUCUCCCCUCUGCUGCUGCGCCAGACACCCGAGGUGGAUCACAGGACACCCGAGACACCAUGAAGAGCCUGCUCCCUCUGGCCAUCCUGGCUGCGCUGGCCGUGGCAGCCCUGUGCUAUGAAUCUCACGAAAGCAUGGAGUCCUAUGAAAUCAGUCCCUUCAUCAACAGGAGAAAUGCCAACACCUUUAUGUCCCCUCAGCAGAGAUGGCGAGCUAAAGCCCAAGAGAGAGUCCGGGAACGCAACAAGCCUGCCCACGAGAUCAACAGAGAGGCCUGCGAUGACUACAAGCUGUGUGAGCGCUAUGCCAUGGUCUACGGAUACAAUGCUGCCUACAACCGCUACUUCAGGCAGCGCCGAGGAGCCAAAUAAGAGCGCAAAGAAACAGUUGUUUUAUGGUGGAGUCUCGUUUUAUAUCCCCUGCAGUAGCAUUACUGAAGUAUACAGAUGCGGAUGUGCUGCUUGUUCCUUUACAUGAUCUGGCUGGCUGGCCCACUCCUUCCUUCCGCAGGUUGAAAGUAAUGAGAGAACAGUAUUAAGCAAUGUGUUUAUGUAUAAUAAAAUUCUGGUUUGAUACUUUCA